AUGGGCAAGCCUCACGAAAUCAACGAGCUCGUCGAUAUCCGCUGGAAGGAGAUCAAUGAUGAAGUACGUCCGUUUCUUCCCGAUCCGCUUGCCCUCUUCGUCUUUGCACCGUCGCCUAUCGAACCUAUACCAAUACACCGAGAUCCUGGUGGCGGUGGAGGUCAUCCUUAUGCUAUAUCCGAGGAGUCGAGUCCACCAGUAAACGACGAAGACGAGUGGUCAGACAUCGAAGACUUGGACUUGCCUGAACUUGCAAAUCGCUAUGGCGUCUCAUACAGCCCGCUUGAUAUUCGCGGCACCGAGGAGCCUUGGCGAAAGCUCCAGACCAGGAUUCUUUGUUCGAUCGACGACUAUCGAGACAUCUAUAUGGAUGGCGAUUUGAAGCGGGAGUGGAAUUAUAACGAGAUAAUGCGGAUAUGGAGAGCGGCACUCAAUCUCGCGUAUAGGCGCCCGAAGGAUGUCGAUCCAGAAGAGAUGUGGCAUGAGACCGAGGAGAUGGUGGAGCUGUUCCUCGAGAUAGGUGGAAAGCUGAAUCAAGGCCAUAUACCAGGGCAGAGUGGCCAGAACUCUGCAGUAGAGUCGCAAAAUCGAGAGAUUGACGAUGGAGAAAUCGUCGCUAGAAUGCACCCUGUCCCAGAUGUGCUCACUCGAGGCUCGAGUGGUGUGCGCAACUACCGCCAAAACGUCUUCCAAGUACUCAACGACCUGCGCAACGCGACUUCGUCCAAUACGUUCCACGAAUACCUAGAUGCGUACUGGGAGCACGUGGAGAGCCAAGUACCGGAGCAAGCAAGCGAGGUUGGGGCGCAUGAUGUUUGGAGGUGGAGAAGUAUGGGGGCGCCAGGGGGUGGGUUCAGGUAG